CUGCUUCGGUAUGGCGAAUAUUCUAUCCUUAGAAUUUAUUUAAUUCGACGAGGUUGGCAAAACAAUAAAGACUACAAACAAAUCUCGAACUGUUUUUUGAUCCUGAACACUCGCUGACUCUACAGGAAGUAGUUUCCAGCAGCAGCCGGAUGUAUUGCGAGAACACAGGAACAACAAAGAGGAGAAAGUACCCGGGUUUAAACCCGACUCGAGAACCCCCAAAUUAAGGAAAUUAUCUUGCGUUCAUAGCAGGGUUGAAAAGUUCCGGUUUGCAUGUGAGGACAAGAGUCCACCGAGCCAACAAUGGCGAACAAUGCAGAGGAUAUCGAAAACAAUAUGAACCAACAGGAGGCUAACAGAUCCCCAGAUUCCACCCAGAAACCGCAAGAAACUGGUGUGCCCAGAGUGCGGUCCAGAGGAGGUUCAGCAGCUGGUGCUGGAGCUGGAACUGGAGGAGGAGGUGAUAGUGGCGGUGGAGGAGGUGGCAAUGGCACCAGCCCGGAGCAGAAUGGGCAGCCCCCCGCUGCUCCCGCUCCAAGAGUGGUGGAAAGAGAGGAGGAGGAGGAUGAGGAGCUGACUUUGAAAUACGGGGCCAAGCAUGUCAUCAUGCUUUUUGUCCCAGUGACGCUUUGCAUGGUGGUCGUCGUGGCAACCAUAAAAUCUGUCAGCUUCUACACCCAGAAUGACGGGCAGAGAUUGAUCUACACACCAUUCCCUGAAGACACAGACACAGUAGGACAGAGAGCCCUCAACUCCAUUCUGAAUGCCACCAUCAUGAUCACUGUAAUCAUCGUUAUGACUUUGGUGCUGGUGAUGUUAUACAAGUACCGCUGCUACAAGGUGAUCCAAGGCUGGCUCUUCCUUUCCUCUCUCCUCCUGCUCUUCUUCUUCUCCUACAUCUACCUCAAAGAGGUUUUUAAGACCUACAAUCUGGCCAUGGACUACGUAACCCUAGCGAUAAUAAUCUGGAAUUUCGGAGUGGUGGGCAUGAUGUGUAUUCAUUGGAAGGGACCUCUGCGGCUCCAGCAGGCCUACCUCAUCAUGAUCAGCGCCCUGAUGGCCCUGGUUUUCAUCAAGUACCUGCCAGAGUGGACUGCCUGGCUCAUAUUAGCUGUCAUAUCUGUCUACGAUCUGUUGGCAGUGCUCUGUCCCAAAGGGCCUCUGAGGAUCCUGGUGGAGACUGCUCAAGAGAGAAAUGAGCCCAUCUUUCCAGCUCUCAUCUAUUCUUGUAAGAUGGACAAUAUUUUGGUCAUGUCGCACAGCCCUACUCGACGGUUACUUUUCAAACCUAACUGGUAUCUUUUUUCAGCACCACUGGCGUCUCCGGUCCCAUCGAGUCCGUCACAGGACGAUGGAGGUUUCACCCAGUCCUGGGUCAGCCAGCAGGAGCAUCGACUGGGGCCGCUCCAGUCGACCGAUGAGACCAGACGGGAAAUCCAGCAGAUGCCCUCAGCGCGUCCUCCUGUUGAAGAGGAUGAUGAGGAGAGGGGUGUCAAGCUGGGACUCGGAGACUUCAUCUUCUACAGCAUGCUGGUGGGAAAAGCCUCAGCCACGGCCAGCGGCGACUGGAACACCACCCUCGCCUGCUUCGUAGCCAUCCUCAUUGGCUUAUGUCUGACUCUGCUCCUCCUCGCCAUCUUCAAGAAAGCACUCCCCGCUCUGCCCAUCUCCAUUUUUUUCGGCCUCGUCUUCUAUUUCGCCACAGAUAACUUGGUACGGCCCUUCAUGGACAAGCUGGCGCUACACCAGUUCUACAUUUAGCAGGACGCUGCCCUGAUAACCCUCACCCACAUAGCUCUCCGGCCAACAACAUGAGAGCAGCCCCUUCACAGCCGGGGAACAAAGAGCGAUGCUGGGGCCCCUCCCGCCCCCACAUCCCCUCCUAAGAGCUCAUGAUGCUGGGACACAAGUUGUUUUUGCUCUGCCUUUUUUUUCUGGCACCAAAGGAGCGUAUUCUCCACAACAGCUGAUCUUAAACCUUUGUAUUUCUGUGUUAAACCAAGAAGCGACACUUCUCGCUCGGCUUGGGAUCUCAUCUUCAGUUCGUUCGCUGAUCAACAGCUUCAGGCGCAGUCCAAACCCAGUGGGAAGCUUUUACUUUUAUUUAUCCAGGGAAGCUUUACAAGAGCUCAUCCGCUCCUUUCUCAGCAGUGCCCUUUUUUUUCUUUUUUUGCAUACACACAGACACCCACCCACACACACACACACACACUCAAAACUGGGAGAAGCCCGGUCCAACCGCAGUCUUCUACAGCUGUGGCUUUACAGCAGGUGCCUUCCUCAGGGACACCUUAGCGGUAGCUGUUGAGCAAAGGGAGACGUUUUCAUGAAAUCUUCCUUUAAAGACUUUGAACAACCUUUCUGUCACAUCUGUUUGCAUUACUGCAGAGCUACCACUGGCCCCGAACUAAACCGAAGAUUACCAAGCCUUCAACAAACGAAUGGACACUCAGUGAUGAUAGUGAUAAUAGAUAGAAAUGUGUAGUUUGAUUGUGUAUAAGAUAUCAGUCACCAGAGUGUGCUUUUCUCACUGCUAAGAAUGGUUAAAAAAAAAAAAUCACUUUAGACACGCAGAAGUCUGAAGCAGGUGUGAUUUACAUUGAUGUACGCUGAAAUGGAUGCUUUGAUCAUGUGAGGCUCUUCCUUAUGUGAAUAGUAGAGACUUUUCUCUCUUGGACUGAAUAAUAAGUGUUAUUGUGGCACCCAUUACAUCAUUCCACCAAGUUUUCUGCCCCCAGUUUUAAAUGGAAUCAGAUUUGAAUUCGCAGCUCGUAGAGGGAGGAAAGAGCACUACAGUGACACACUCACACCUGAGACUUGUCUGCCACUGAGGAGCUCUGCUGGAGCAGCCGGUGGUUCAGUGCCUUGCUCAAGGGCAUUUAAGUAGUUGUUGUUGUAGGCCAGAAACAUCCUUUUUGUUCUCUUUCCCGACUCAGUUUGUUGUCUUUAUUUUUACUUUUUUUUCUCCAACCUGUCGAUUGGGAUUGUAACCUGUGAUCAUAUGGUCACAAACUCUGAACCUUUAGGCUAUAGCUGCCCUCAUGAUGCUCGCCUGGUGCUUUUUGGAACUAUGCUAUAUCGAUACUGAAAUGAUUUUACUUACAAGCAGAUAGUUAUGUUUUGUUUUGGGGUUUUUUUUCUCCAACAUAUGCAGAAAAGAAACAGUACUUUUAGAGACAUGACUGUAUUCACUGGAUUCCUGCCAGUUUAUUAAAAUCUGCGAGCGUGUGAAAACAGUGAUGUGCAGUUGUUGAGCGUCAAAACCUGAUAGGUGAACCAGUGCAUCUAUUUCAAUUUGACACCUCAAUUUGCAAACAACUUAAUCUCCACUUAUGAAGCAGACUGCUUUAGUCAGAUUAAAACCAAAAACUUUGAUUCAAAAAAUUAAAAAAGCGAUAUGAUAUGUGUAAGAACAAAAAGCCUGCACAUUACUUUGGAGGGUGACCAGCACUUCUGUUAUUCCACUAGAGGUUCAUGCUUGCAAAGAGAAGAAUUCAAGAGGCGACAUUUUAAAAAGACCGUUUUUUCCCCCUCUUUUGGUUUUUGGGAAUAACCUGGGUAACUGGCUUUUUUUUUUUUGUGUCCUUCACAUGCUUAUGUGUGUUAUGCAAGAUUCCUCCAAUUCGAAUUUUGUUUUUUUUUUUAAAUAAAAAAAUAAACAAUAAAAUUGAAAA